AUGGCACCUCCCAAUGCACGCACGCACAUCUACAAACUCCCCUCAGAACUCCUCUCCAAACUCGCCACCACAGUCUACCUUCACUCGCCUUCAGACAUCCCCACCUGCACCCUCGUCUCCAAACAAUUCAACGCAGCCUUCCGCCCAUGGACCCGCACUCUCAUCAUCCACAGCGGCGACAUGUUCUUCACAACUUUUCCCACCAGAAAAAUUGAACAAGAUGAACCCACCCAGCAAGCGAAGGAUUUCGCUGCAAUACUCGAAAAAGCAACGGGUUUGACCAAGUUCCAACUCAGCGGUGCGGAAACGUGUGUCCCGUUUGGAGCUUUCCCCUCAGCGAUGCGAGACGCCCUUUUGCGGUUGUACACCUCCAAAACGCUCAAGACGCUCAAUGUAGGAGCGAGGACGAUCCCGCCGGACAUCCUCGCCCACCUCUCGCCCUCUAUAACAUCUGUGGUGCUGAAUGGACUGUGGGGUAUUACUGAAUCUGAUGUCAUCUUCUUGAACUCGUAUCAAGCGGAGAUGGUUCAAUGGAUGGAGAAGAACUGUCCUCAGGAAGGGAGACGACGGGGACCCAACAUUCGAUCCUUCUCAUCUGUUCCAAGCAUGGAUCCGCUCCCAAUCUAUCUAGAGACCUGUCCCUCGCUAUUCCAGAACCUUCAAAAACUGGAACUCGAGGCGUACAGCUGGAAGCACCCACCCAUCUCCGAAGUCCAAAAAUUCAUGGAACUCGUCAAAGACACGCUCGAGGACAUGAAAAUAACAUUCAACGAGUUCAAUCGUGAGUUCACCUACACCCUCUACCAAUCAUCCCCUUCCAUGGCACUUAUUCAUACAACCCAAGUCCACGACCCUUCAGGUCAAACUCCAACCUCGGCCUACCUCGACUUUACCACCUUCAACCAUCUGCGCCACGUCAGUCUAAGCUUCACAUACACCUGGCAAGCACGCCACUUCCCAGAAUACGAAACAAUGCUCCAAAACAUGCUCAGAACCCUUCCCUCCCUCGAAAACCUAGAAACCCUCGACGUCAUCCUCAGCUGGCAAUGGGGCGACGAAGCAAUUGACGAACUAGAACCUCCCAAGCUCCACGAAGCUUUGCGCGUUCUCGGACGAUCAGUCCCGUUCAUCGGCCAGCUGGACACCGCUUGGGCACCCUUCACCGACAGGGAAAGGUACAAAAACUUGAAGAGGAUAAGGCUGUCCUUUAAACCGUGGAGCGAGAAGUCCGGGGUCAGGCCGUACGACUUGUCGCCCGAUCUGGGAAACUGGAUUCAACGGUUCUACAACUUGUACGAGUUUGGGUAUCAGGCGCUUUUCCCGAAUCUUGGGCGCCAAAGGUUCUUCCAGUAUCGCACGGAGAAUAACUGGUUCGAUGGCCUCGAUUGGCGGCAACAGAUAACUUGA